CCCAAUUUGAAUAUGAACGUUGGAGUACACUGUUUUUGGAAAUUUGCCGCCACCGACGGUGGGAAAUUCACGGCAUUCCAUCUUCGAAGGUCGGCAAGUCGUUCUGGCGGUGACGGAUAUGCUCUUCAGCUAGCGCUGAACGCACUCAGGGCUACUUAACGGUCGAAAUGUCAGAGAUUCAACCCAUGAUUGCGCCGCAGGAGGACGGCUCUGGUAGUAUACCAGAAACAGCACACGAACCACCACAACCAACGCCCAUCACAGACCAAGAGGUGGGAGAGUAUCGGGAGCAGGAUCGUUUCCUACCAAUUGCAAAUGUCUCCCGUAUCAUGAAACAGUCCGUUCCGCAUACUGCUAAGAUCGCCAAGGACGCCAAGGAGUGCGUUCAGGAAUGUGUUUCAGAGUUCAUAAGUUUCAUUACUUCUGAGGCCGCUGAGAAAUGUCAGAUGGAAAAGCGGAAAACAAUCGGAGGCGAGGAUAUCCUGUACGCCAUGGUGUCUCUAGGGUUUGAGAACUAUGCGGAAACACUAAAGAUUCAUCUGGCAAAACUGAGACAGCACCAAGCAGGAUCCUCGUCGAACCCACGACAGGAGCAUAGAGAAGAUUGAUUAUACUUUCUUGUACGCUAUACUAUUUGUGUACCACUUACGAUAUCAACUGCUUUCGCAAUGUCCAUAUUUUGCAACUCAUCUUGCCACUUUGUCCGCUUUCCAUGAUGUGAUCCACGCCAAAGCAGCCUUGAAUAGAGUGGCAGCGAUUGUCCAACAACUCACGGAGGCCUGAGGCCUGAGGUGAUCCUGGGUCAUAUUUCCUUGGUAUGCGUGGGCUGAUAGCAAUACAUGUACGCAUUCAAAACACAGUAAUAUUCACUACUAUGAUUUUCCGAGUAAGGAUUCGGUUGAGAUUAGAUUUACG